AUGGAUCCUGUUCGACCACCGUUCUGGGGCCCUUCUCCUAUCCACCCAUCUCAGUGUGUACGGAUGCCAGGCUCAUGGCCACAAGUUCCUAAACACUUAGAUUCAGCUCUGGGCAGGGCAGGACCUGCAGGCAGAGGCAAUGUAUUUGGAAAACCAGAGGAACCAAGCCCACAGAAUGGGCCAACACAAAAGGAAUCUGUGGGUUUAGUCUCCAUGUUCCAGGGACUGGGCCUGGAAACAGUGUCCCAUACCCCUCUAAUAAGAGAAAUGCCUCCUCUAGGUAGAGGCAUUUUUGGUCGAGGCUUAUCUACUAAUAUGGUGCGCAAGGACAAAGAAGAACCUCAUCCCGCUUUUCCAGAUCCAUCAGUGUUGGCAGCUGGAGAUAGCAAGUUGGCAGAGGCCACCAUUGGUUGGAAUAGAAUGCUUGGAAGAGGAAAUUUGGAUGUUUCUUUAUUACCAUUGGGAAGAGCAGCUGGGGGGAUAGGCCGAGGAAUAUACAGACCUCCUAGCGCACUCAGCCUGGCUUCCCGGGACCCACCACAGUUGUCAUCAUCACCACCUCUGCCCCAGCCCUCACUACACUCUCCAGAUCGCCCUCCAGCUGUGACUGUCGAACACAAGGAAAAAGAGCUUUUUGUGAAGCAAGGGUCAAAAGGAAGACCUCAGUCUUUGGGUCUGAACCUCAUCAAAAUACAGUGUCAUAAUGAAGCAGUUUAUCAAUAUCAUGUGAAUUUCAGCCCCAACGUGGAGUGCAAAAGCAUGAGGUUUGGCAUGUUGAAGGACCAUCAAGCUGUCACCGGAAAUGUUACUGCUUUCGAUGGAUCCAUUCUGUAUCUGCCUGUUAAACUUCAACAGACUCUUGAGUUAAAAAGUCAAAGGAAGACUGAUGGUGCUGAGAUCUGCAUUAAGAUUCAGUUGACAAAGAUCCUGGAGCCCUGUUCUGACUUGUGCAUCCCCUUCUACAAUGUUGUUUUCCGUAGGGUAAUGAAACUUUUAGAUAUGAAGCUUGUGGGGAGAAACUUCUAUGACCCUUCAAGUGCUAUGGUACUACAACAACACAGAUUGCAGAUCUGGCCAGGCUAUGCAGCUAGCAUCCGGAGGACAGAUGGAGGUCUUUUCCUGCUAGCUGAUGUUUCCCAUAAGGUCGUCCGGAAUGAUUCUGUGCUGGAUGUCAUGCAUGCCAUGUAUCAGCAGAACAAAGAAAACUUCCAGGAUGAGUGCACUAAGCUUCUGGUUGGAAAUAUUGUUAUAACCCGUUACAACAACCGCACCUAUCGUAUUGAUGAUGUGGACUGGAAUAAGACUCCAAAAGAUAGCUUCACAAUGUCUGAUGGGAAGGAGAUCACAUUCUUGGAAUACUACAGCAAAAACUAUGGGAUUACAAUUAAGGAAGAGGACCAGCCACUGCUGAUCCACAGGCCCAGUGAGAGACAGAAUAACCAAGGGAUGUUGCUAAAAGGCGAAAUACUGCUACUACCUGAGCUUUCCUUCAUGACCGGAAUCCCAGAGAAAAUGAAGAAGGACUUCAGAGCCAUGAAGGAUUUGACUCAGCAGAUCAAUCUGAGCCCUAAACAGCACCAUAAUGCUUUGGAAUGUUUGCUACAGAGAAUUUCGAAGAAUGAGACAGCUCGCAAUGAAAUGACACGUUGGGGUCUCUGUCUUCAAAAUGAUGUACAUAAGAUUGAAGGACGAGUUCUGCCAAUGGAAAGAAUUAAUUUAAGAAAUACUUCAUUUACCACAUCUCAGGAACUCAACUGGAUUAAGGAAGUAACCAGAGACCUUUCCAUUUUGACUGUCCCCAUGCAUUUCUGGGCAGUCUUUUACCCAAAGAGAGCAAUGGAUCAGGCCCGAGAGCUGGUUAACAUGUUAGAGAAGAUAGCUGGCCCCAUUGGCAUGCGAAUGAGCCCACCGGCCUGGGUUGAACUAAAGGAUGACCGGAUAGAGACCUAUAUCAGGACCAUUCAAUCCAUGCUGGGAGCUGAGGGGAAGAAGAUACAGAUGGUUGUUUGCAUCAUUAUGGGCACACGUGAUGAUCUCUAUGGGGCCAUCAAGAAGCUGUGUUGUGUGCAGUCUCCAGUGCCCUCACAGGUCAUCAAUGCCCGAACCAUUGGUCAGCCCACCAGGCUUCGGAGUGUGGCCCAGAAAAUUUUACUUCAAAUUAAUUGUAAACUGGGUGGUGAGCUCUGGGGAGUGGAUAUUCCCUUGAAACAAUUAAUGGUGAUUGGGAUGGAUGUUUACCAUGACCCUAGCAGAGGUGCACGCUCUGUGGUUGGCUUUGUUGCAAGCAUCAAUCUCACCCUCACAAAAUGGUAUUCCCGAGUGGUAUUCCAGAUGCCUCAUCAGGAGAUUGUGGAUAGCCUGAAGCUGUGCCUAGUGGGCUCCUUAAAAAAGUUUUAUGAGGUGAACCACUGUCUACCAGAGAAGAUAGUGGUAUACCGUGAUGGCGUGUCUGAUGGCCAACUAAAGACAGUUGCCAACUAUGAGAUUCCUCAGCUACAGAAGUGUUUUGAAGCUUUUGAGAAUUAUCAGCCCAAGAUGGUGGUAUUUGUAGUUCAGAAGAAAAUCAGCACCAAUCUGUACCUGGCUGCUACUGAGCACUUUGUGACUCCCUCCCCUGGCACGGUGGUAGACCAUACAAUAACAAGUUGUGAAUGGGUGGAUUUCUACCUUCUUGCCCAUCAUGUGCGACAGGGUUGUGGCAUUCCUACGCAUUAUAUCUGUGUACUCAACACUGCAAACCUGAGCCCUGAUCAUAUGCAGAGGUUGACUUUCAAACUGUGCCACAUGUACUGGAAUUGGCCUGGUACCAUCAGAGUUCCAGCUCCUUGCAAAUAUGCCCACAAGCUAGCUUUCCUGUCAGGACAAAUCUUACACCAUGAACCAGCCAUCCAGCUGUGCGAGAACUUAUUCUUCUUAUGACUGGACAGAUCGGAUGUAGGCUCGUUAGGAGAAAUUAGAUUUCCACACUCAGCUGUGAUUCUUGCAGGAUCAGCAGAAAUGGAAGUGGGGUUUUUGUGUUGGUGUUUUCCCUUUCCCCAACCCAGCUGAAUUAUUUUUUUUGCUUUUAUCACAAAGAAGCAAGUCCCAGUCUAAGUAUCAGCUAGAAAUUGCCUUGUUGCCUUUGUAGAGCAAAUGCAGGUAGUAUUGCUACAGUGUAGAUGGAGUGGGUGAAUACAGGAAACCUUAAGA